UCCAAAUUUCCAAACCUUACACUUUAAACACAGUUUUCUUAAAUUCAACUCCUAAACCUUCCAAUCCAAGAGUUUCGAACACUUGCUCUAUCAGCCAUUCUUCAAGAUCACAAGUCGCAUCUCCUUCAAUCCUUUUUCCCAAAAGAAACAAUGCCCAUUUCAGAAUGAAGAUCUUCAAAUAUCAUCACCAUUGUCGACCUCAGAUUCUCGGAACCCUUCUUCUAAAUCAUUUCCGUGGUGAAUGCCCUUCUAUCAGUGUCCGCAUAGGGUCCAAACAAUGCUUUAGCACUCACCCAGAAGAUCAACACAUGACCGAAUUCAUGGAAUAUUUAGAUUCCCUGAAGAACUACGAGAAAUUGGGUGUGCCCAAAGGCGCUGGCACUGAUUCUGAUGAUGGGUUCGAUCUCGGAAGGAUGAGAAGGCUGAUGGAGCGCCUGGGUAAUCCACAGUCGAAGUUUAAGGCAAUUCACAUUGCGGGAACGAAAGGAAAAGGGUCGACUGCGGCUUUCCUUUCUAACAUUUUACGAGCAGAGGGAUACUCCUUUGGUUGUUAUACUAGUCCUCAUAUUGAAACUAUAAGGGAACGUAUUUCGCUCGGAAGAUCUGGAGAGAUGGUCUCUGGGAAGGCUCUAAACUCUCUUUUCAAAAGGAACAAAGAGUUUUUUGACCAGUCAGUAGAGCUUGAAAAUGGACGCAUAAGUCACUUUGAGGUCCUUACUGCUAUGGCAUUCUUGCUCUUUGCUCAAGAGAAUGUUGAUCUUGCAGUCAUUGAGGCUGGACUUGGUGGUGCACGAGAUGCAACAAACAUAAUUUGUAGCUCUGGACUUGCUGCUGCAGUCAUAACUUCAAUUGGAGAGGAACACAUGGCUGCCCUGGGUGGCUCCUUGGAAAGCAUUGCAACAGCAAAGGCUGGAAUAAUUAAACGUGGUUGUCCAGCCAUUCUGGGUGGCCCAUUCCUUCCAAGUAUUGAGCGCAUUCUUCGUGAUAAAGCAUUGUCCAUGUCUUCGCCAGUAAUUUCAGCCUCAGGUCCUGGAAAUAGAAGUACCAUAAAAGGUGUAAGCCUGCUCAAUGGAGGAAUUUGCCAAUGCUGUGACGUAGUAAUUCAAAUAGACGAUGAAUUCAUCGAGUUAUUGGAUGUCAACCUCCGCAUGCUUGGACAUCAUCAACUUCAGAAUGCAGCAACUGCAACUUGUGUUAUUCUUGCUCUCCGCAAUUUAGGUUGGAGAAUUUCGGAUGCAUCUGUCAGGAGUGGACUAGAGCAAACAUUCCUGGUCGGUAGAAGUCAUUUCUUACCAGCCAAGGAAGCUGGGGUUCUUGGACUGCCUGGAGCAACAAUAUUGCUUGACGGAGCCCACACCAAAGACUCUGCUAAAGCAUUAGUGGAUACCAUUCAAAUGGCUUUUCCUGAAGCUCGAUUGGCUCUUGUGGUUGCAAUGGCCAGUGAUAAGGAUCACAUUGGUUUUGCCAGAGAGUUCCUUCAAGGUGGAAAAUUGGAGUCCAUUGUCUUAACUGAAGCCCAUAUUGGUGGAGGCAAAUCAAGGACAACUUCAGCUGUUUUUCUAAGAGACUGCUGGAUCCAAGCAUCCAAUGAAUUGGGGAUCCCUAUUUCUUUAGAAACUAAAGAUGCACCGGUUUCCUUCACAAGCAAACUCGAAAACAGACCAGUAUUAACUACCGAGACCUCGUUAUUACAUGCCAUAAAAGUCGCUGCUGAGAUUCUCAAGCAGAGAACGGAAGGGCGGCAAGGUCUUGUCGUAGUAACUGGCUCUCUGCAUGCCGUUUCAAUGGUGUUAUCUUUUCUUCAUUCUUGAAGUCUUUAUUUAUGAAAAACACUUCAUUCGUAUGUACUUUGAGCAUAGUUCUUGAGUAUUGCAGAUUAUUUUGGUAGCAUAUUUCUUAUGAAUUA